CUUUGCAAUUCUCAGUUGGCGAACAACCCUUGUGCGAAACGGGCAGACAACACGGCUGUCGAGACACGAGUCAUAUCAACGUAAAAAUAAUUUAAAUUGAAAAAGAAGUUUAAUAAAAUUUAAUAAAUACACAGUGAAAAAGUCAAUAACAAAUAAGCCUGCAGGACAUACAUUUACCGUGAACGCGUCGGGUGUGAUAAUAAGUAAGAGCAAAGUGAACGACAUCAACAAGUGCGGCGAAAUUGCGCGCUAAAACGUAGCAACACAUAUGCGCAUAUGUACAUAGUGAGCAAACCAGCGUACACACUGUUAUCCUGCGGUCGAUUUUUAACGGAAUUUAUUCACACGUACAUACACACGCGCACACAAUUCUAUAAUCAACGUCGUUAAAGCGCGUUAAAUUGGAAUUCAUUGAAGUGUAGAAAAUUAACUUAAACUCAAGUGAGCUUGAAAUAGAUUGCACCAGCAAUAGAAAAAUAAAUGAAAAAAAUAAUAAUUUGAAAUUCUCCAAAUAAUACGAAAUUUUCUACAUAGUAUAAAAAAGGCAUUUAAAAUCAAUAAAAAAAUUUAAAAGAAAAAUAAUUUAUUGGAAGUAUAGUCAUAGUUCCAUAUACACGAUUUAUGCACGUUAAAUUUUGUUUACCAGCAACAACAAAAACAAAAACAUAAAACAGCACCAAUAUGUCCUUCGAUAUACCGUUUGGUGAUCAAAUGCGCAUUGCACUGAGCUAUGUGAAAUUUAAAACAAAUCAGAAGCGCAUGCGCACGAAUGAAAAGAUUGUGACCGACACAAUUUAUGGCAAAGUGAAGGGUGUGAAAUGGCAUUCUGUUUAUGGCGGUUCCUACUACAGCUUUGAGGGUAUUCCUUUUGCCAAGCCACCUAUUGGACGUUUGCGCUUUCGAGCACCCGAAGAACCCGAACCAUGGUCGGAGGUGCGGCGCUGUACGCGUGAACACCUCAAACCUUGUCAAUACAAUAUUAUACUGAAACAAGUGCAGGGUCGUGAGGAUUGUCUCUAUUUGAAUGUGUUCACAAAAACGCUGCAUCCUCAAAAGCUGAUGCCUGUUUUGGUUUGGAUCUAUGGUGGCGGUUUUCAAAUGGGCGAAGCAUCCCGUGAUAUGUACAGUCCUGAUUACUUUAUGAUGGAGAAUGUUGUCGUCAUUACCAUCACCUACCGUUUGGGUCCGUUGGGUUUCCUUACACUGGAUGAUCCCGAGUUGGAUGUACCCGGUAACGCUGGUCUCAAGGAUCAAGUAAUGGCACUGCGUUGGGUUAAGCGCAAUUGUCAAUUCUUUGGAGGUGAUCCCGAUAAUAUCACUGUGUUUGGCGAAAGCGCUGGGGCUGCCUCAACACACUACAUGAUGCUCACAGAACAAACACGCGAUCUAUUUCACAAAUGUGUCUUAAUGUCGGGUACUGCACUGGCACCUUGGGCCAAUAUACCACAACACAAUUGGGCUUACCGAUUGGCGAAAGCUACUGGCUAUCGUGGGGAAAAUGUUGAUCGAAAUGUGUUCGAAUACUUACAACACUGCAAAGCUAGCACUAUGCUGAAGGUAUGUGAAGAUUUGCUCACCAGUGAUGAACGCCACCAAAGGAUGAUGUUCAGUUUUGGACCGACCGUAGAGCCAUAUGAGAGUAAACAUUGUGUUAUACCACGCCCGCCUUUAGAAAUGAUGCGUAGCGCUUGGGGCAAUGAGAUACCAUUACUAAUUGGUGGGAAUAGUUCAGAAGGACUACUAAUAUUCACCGAAGCGCGUAAAUAUCCUGAGUUAAUGGAUAAAUUAGCAAAAGAUGCUACAUAUUUAGUGCCGGAUGAUGCGAAUGUGAGUGUGGACCAACGUAGAGAGUACGGUGAUAAGCUCUUGCGACUACAUUUCGGUGACAAUGUACCUAGUUGGGAAACAGUGCUACAAUAUGCCGAUCUCUUUUCCUACAAAUAUUUUUGGCAUGGCAUCCAUCGUACAUUACUUUCACGACUUCAUCACGCCAAUUCGCCCACUUACCUCUAUCGUUUCGAUUUCGAUUCAAAACACUUCAAUUUUAUGCGCAUCAUCACCUGUGGUCGCAACGUGCGCGGCACCUGUCAUGCUGACGAUCUCUCCUACUUAUUCUACAAUGCGGGUGCCAAGAAGCUGAAGCAACGUAGUGCCGAAUUUCGCACCAUUCGCCGGUUGACCACAAUGCUAGUGCGUUUUGCCGAAUGCGGUAAUCCAAAUAUACCCAUGAAUGAAGGACAUGACCACAGCUACCAUUACCACCAUCACCAUCGGCCAGCGGAACAACCGGUGCAACACCGUCCGUCCAAUAACCAAAAUGGCAACAACACUAUACUUCAAAAUGUGCAACCCAACGCAAAUGGUGAAGAGCAUGAACAUCAUAGCCAACAGCAUAGUGGGCAGAGUAGCUAUGAUGAUAGCGUCAGGGAAGGCAUUGAAUUGGCGUUGGAGGUGAAUGCGGCUUUGACGAGAAAUGAAGAGACAUGGCUGCCCGUUUCACGCGACUCGGAUGUAUUCAAAUGUUUGAAUAUCUCCGAUGAAUUGGAGGUGAUAGAUCUGCCCGAAGCAGAAAAGUUGCGUUUGUGGGAUGAAAUGUACAUAGAUAAAAGUCUACUCUAUUGAGUUCGUGCAUAUUUCGUGUGCGUAAUUACUCUUUCCUGUCUGUUGUGUGGUUUAUUGGCUUGCUUGGCGUUGCUACAUGGCAGUUGAGUGAUUGGUUGGUUGUGAUGAGUGGGUCGCACGUAAUGUGGUGGAUUGGCGUUGCAUGAAGAAAUUUUGUUGUUUCAUUGAAAGCCUUGAAAGGUAUUUCACACACCAUUUUUCGUAUGUGAUAUUGAGUGGAAAUAUUUUCUAAAAACAGAAAAAUCAUAUCAAUUUUUUUUCUUUAGUGCAAAGCAAUUUAAGCUCUAUUUAUUUGUAUAACAGUUUAAUAUAAUAUAAUAUAUUUGUAUAUAAACACUAUUUAAAUAUAAUAUAUGUACUUUUAUUUUGCAUAUAAA